UUGGGUGGUGGCUCGUUGUGUACUUUUGAUCGGAUCUGAGCAUUUCCGAUUACGGAGAAAAGAAGAGACGGGAUUAACCGGUUCCAAUGGGAUCGAUGACGGGUACGAGGCUGCCGGAGCUCGAUGAAGACGACGCGGCGUCGGAGGCGGCGGAUUCAUCGGUCGUGAAAUUCGGUACGCCGGAAGCUCUCGAGUAUGUCCGGUCGCUCACGGAUGUCGGCGCCAUGACGCGUCUUCUCCACGAGUGUAUCGCGUACCAGCGAAGCCUCGACUCGGAUCUCGACACGCUUCUCUCGCAGCGGACUGAGCUUGAUCGCCAUCUUGUUCAGCUUCAGAGAUCCGCCGAGAUUCUCGACAUCGUCAAGGCGGAUGCCGACCACAUGUUCGGGAAUGUCCGAUCCACUUGCGAUCUCGCCGACCAGGUCAGUGGCAAGGUACGGGAGCUCGAUCUUGCCCAGUCGCGCGUGAACGACACGCUCUCCCGCAUUGACGCGAUCGUUGAGAGGGGAAACUGUAUCGAAGGCGUGAAUACCGCGCUAGAAUCGGAGGAUUACGAGUCCGCCGCGAAGUUUGUGCAGAGGUUUCUCCAGAUCGAUUCUCAGUACAAGGAUUCUGGUUCCGACCAGAGAGAACAGCUUCUGGCUUCGAAGAAGCAGCUUGAAGGUAUUGUGAAGAAGAAGCUAUUGGCGGCCAUCGAUCUGAGGGAUCAUCCUACGAUCCUGAGAUUCGUCCGGUUAUAUUCCCCCCUGGGAAUGGAGGAGGAAGGUUUACAGGUUUACGUUGGGUACCUGAAGAAGGUCAUCGCGAUGAGAUCGCGGAUGGAGUACGAGAAUUUGGUUGAGCUGAUGGAGCAAGGAAACGGGCAGGUGAAUUUCGUUGGGUGCUUGACCAAUUUGUUUAAGGACAUUGUCAUGGCUAUCGAAGAAAAUGACGAGAUCUUGAGGGGCCUUUGCGGCGAAGAUGGUAUUGUUUAUGCAAUUUGUGAAUUACAAGAGGAAUGCGACUCGAGAGGUUCUUUGAUCUUGAAGAAGUACAUGGAGUAUAGGAAACUGGCUAGAUUGGCUUCUGAGAUUAACAGUUCUCCCAAUUUGAAUUUGCUCGCGGGUGAUGAGCCUGAAGGGCCAGACCCCAGGGACGUUGAGCUGUAUGUAGAGGAGAUACUCUCAUUAAUGCAGUUGGGUGAGGACUACACUGAGUUUAUGGUGUCGAAAAUCAAGUCUUUGACUUCAGUAGAUCCUGAAUUGGUGCCGAGGGCGACAAAAGCAUUUAGAAGUGGAAGCUUUAGCAAAGUGAUUCAGGAUGUAACUGGAUUCUAUGUUAUUCUAGAAGGAUUCUUUAUGGUUGAGAAUGUGAGGAAAGCUAUUAGGAUUGACGAGCAUGUGCCCGAUAGCCUUACCACCUCCAUGGUGGAUGAUGUGUUCUAUGUGUUACAGAGCUGCUUGCGGAGAGCGAUUUCAACUUCGAACAUUAGUUCUGUGAUUGCUCUAUUGAGCAAUGCUGGUAGCUUGUUAGGCAAUGAUUAUCACGAAGCCUUGCAACAGAAGAUUAGAGAGCCAAACCUUGGGGCGAGGUUGUUCUUGGGUGGUGUUGGCGUGGAAAAGACUGGAACUGAGAUUGCGACAGCUUUGAAUAAUAUUGAUGUGAGCUGUGAGUACGUGCUCAAACUGAAACAUGAAAUCGAGGAGCAGUGUGCUGAGGUGUUUCCUGUACCAGGAGACAGGGAGAGGAUAAAGUCAUGUUUAUCCGAGUUGGGCGAGUUAAGCAACACAUUCAAGCAACUGCUGAACUCGGGAAUGGAACAGCUAGUGGCAACAGUAACGCCCAGGAUCCGACCGGUCCUAGACACGAUAGCCACCAUAAGCUACGAGAUAACAGAAGCAGAAUACGCGGAGAACGAGGUGAACGACCCGUGGGUACAGAGACUCAUCCACUCGGUGGAAACGAACGCGGGAUGGCUGCAGGCGCUGAUGACGGGGAGCAACUACGACACGUUUGUGCAGAUGGUGAUAGAGUUCAUAGUGAAGAGGGUGGAGGUGAUAAUGAUGCAGAAAGGGUUCAGCCAGCUGGGGGGAUUGCAGCUGGACAGAGAGACGAGGGCGAUGGUUAGCCAUUUCUCGGGGAUGACGCAGAGGACGGUGAGGGAUAAGUUUGCGAGGCUGACGCAGAUGGCGACGGUCCUGAACCUGGAGAAGGUGUCGGAGAUUAUGGAUUUCUGGGGGGAGAAUUCAGGGCCCAUGACUUGGAGGUUGACUCCGGCUGAGGUCAGGCGGGUGCUUGGUCUCCGUGUCGAUUUCAGCCCUCAUGCCAUCUCUGCUCUUAAGUUGUAGAUCUCUGUAAGUGUUUUUUUUUUGCAUAUCUACCCUUCAAUUGCUCCAAGCCAUCAGACAAAUUUGCAUGUCAUUGCGCAAUUUUAAAAAAAAAAGGGGGGGCUAAAUGAUGAAAUAUGCUACUUUCAAUGAUUAUAAUGUCGCAAAUGCUACUUAAACUGGUUAAAGGGAACUUACCACUUCCGUUGUAAACCAAACCACAAAACCCGUCCUUUUCGUUGUUACAAUUCUCCUACUGAAACAAUUUUGUUUGAUCA